GUAGAUUCGAGAGAUUGAUAGGGAAGUACGGAUGUGUUACAGAGAGAGAGAGAGAGGGGUUUACGCGACAUUGCGAUCCACGAGUCUUCAUCAGACAGGACUAAUGCCGUCCAGAGCGUGAACACGUGCAUGUGAAGAUCGACGCUUGUUGACCAUUAUACCUGGAUGUGUCACCUGCAUGCAAUAUUACAGAAGAAUGUUCCGCCCGUAAUUCCCCCCAUAUUGUGCGAUCCCGAUUCUGCCCAAUGCUAGGCGACGUGAUGGCGUCGUGUUUUGGGACGUGUGCCGACUCGAGGGCCGGCUAUUACCAGUCACGUGAGGAACGCAAACUCGCCGAGCACAAAGACAAACAGCUGACCAAGCUCCUGCAGAAAUACCACAAACAAGACUUGAAGCGACUCAAACUCUUACUCCUAGGAACUGGUGAGUCUGGGAAAAGUACCAUCACCAAACAGAUGAAAAUUAUUCAUAUUAACGGAUUCGACCAAGCUGAAAGAAUUGCCAAGAAAGAAGAUAUUAAGCGAAAUAUCAAAGACUCAAUUCUUGCUGUUGUAGUGGCCAUGCAGUAUCUUGGACUUUCUCUGCAGAACCCAAAUUUGAAAGGAAGUGUCGAUUACAUAAUACAGGCGGCAGAAAACGAAACCAUUGAUGAUGAGUUCCUAAAACACGCCGAGAGGUUGUGGCCUGAUGGAGGAGUCCAAGAGAGCUUCAACAGAUCUCACGAAUAUCAGCUUAUAGACUGUGCAUUCUAUUUCCUUGACAAGAUAGCUGAUAUUCGACAGCCUGAUUACAUUCCAUCCGACCAGGAUAUCUUACACUGCCGGGUGAUAACCACGUCAAUACAAAACAUCGAGUUUGACGUGCACGACGCAGGCGAAUUAAUUCGAUUCAGUGUGUACGACGUUGGGGGUCAGAGAGGGGAGAGGAAGAAGUGGAUUCAAGUAUUCGACAGUGUGGUCGCCAUUUUGUUUCUCGUCGACACGACGAGCUAUGACCAGACAUUGAGAGAGGAUCCCGAUAAAAACCGACUUAUCGAGUCACUCGAGAUAUUCGAACAAGUUUGGAACAACAGGUUUCUAAGACACGUAUCUCUGCUGAUUUUCUUCAACAAAAUAGAUCUGCUGGUGGACAAGAUCGCCCGGCGGCGGACGAUGCUGAGCCUCUGUGAGCAGUACCCAGACACGUUCCAAGACUUCCUCACCUGGGAGCCCACAAACAGUGACAAACUAGAGUUUGUCGACGCCUUCUCCAGCGGUCAAGAAGGUCACAAGAAAAAGGGGAGACAACACUCCCGGACCGACAUUGACCCAGAGGUCACGAAAACUGCUGUCUAUAUUAGACGUCUAUUUUGGAGGAUGACGACGGGCCAGCUCCGAAUCCGCUCCUCGAUCUAUUUCUCCGACCGUGACUUCAAAGACUGGCACCAGUAUCACAGCUGUGGUUACUACUACACAUGCGCAGUGGACACGAACAACAUUCGAAAAGUACUGGAAGGUUGCAAGACAUUGAUCAUUAGAAAGCAUUUGGAGCGGUUUGGAAUCAUAUGAAUCACUGUUGAAGUAGUCAUGUCCGAUUGUGUCGUCCCCUUUCAAUGUAGUGCUUACCCAUUGGAUGGAAUUACUUUCACAGCUCAGUGAUUCGAGGAAUAUGUGACCACUUAGCUGUAUAACGUACAAUAUGUAACUAAUCAAUGGUCAGAUUUAUAAAAUUUGACCAAUCAGUAAAUAGAUGUACAAAUGUGACCAAUCAGCGGUCACGAGUGUUUGUGACAUUCAGCUGUCUGAUGUGAGAUGCGUGUUCAAAUAACUCUCCGAUGUGAACAAAAUCUGACCGGUCAGUCGUCAGAUGUAAAAUAAUUGACCAAUCAGUGGUCAGUAAGAAAAUAAGUGACCAAUCAGUGGUCAGUAAGAAAAUAAGUGACCAAUCAGUCAUCAGAUGUUGUAUUUCAUGAAAAGAUAUAAAUUAUGUGAUCGUA